AUGUCCCCCAAUUGCGUACUAUUGUGGCUACAGCGACGCCGAUUUCCUCUCAUACCCUUCUGUUUCCUCCUACUUCUACUGAACGCUCUACCCUCGCAAACCACAACAAUGAAGAGGACCUGGUCAAAUGAACUAGAGAAAGGAACACUACAAGAAGAAGAGGACGUACUGCACGUAGACGAUGAUCCCGAGGACAAGGAAGUCGAAGAACCUGGACUGGCACCUGGUCCACUUGGGCCGGCUAACUGGAAGAAAAGACUAGCUGAAUUGCUAAAGCGCGUCCCGUUUAUACCUCCCCCUGUUAUCAUUGUCCCCAUUCGGGUUAGAGACUGGCCUUAUGAUGGCAUAUUUUAUUAG